AUGCGGGGGGGCCCCCCAUACCGUGUUAGCCAGCCGCGUCUUCGCAAUGUGUCUCAAGGGGGCCCCGAGAGGUCCUUCAACAGGGCCCCCUACAGGGGCCCCCCGCAGGGCCCCCCCCAAGGGGGACCCUCAAUGGUACCUCCUGCAUGCACGCAGCUAAAGGCGGGCCUCUAUGUGCAGGGUACAUGCAUUCGUGUUUGGCCGCGCUAUGCCAUGCUGCAGCUGCUGCCUCAACAGGGGCCCCCAGGGGCCCCCGAAACCACCCAGGGAUCAACAGGGGCCCCAGGGGCCCCCCAGGGGCCCAUUGGCUUCCUGCAUGUAUCGGGUAUUAGGCGCAAUGGGGGGCCCCUCGCUGCAGGGGAGCUGCGAUCCUUUGAUCUUACAACAAUCUUGUCUGCAGGGGCCUCCUGCACUGUCAGGCUUCUUAAGGAACCAUCGGCAGAAACAUCCAACAGAUGGCAGUUAGCCCUCUAUCUACCUGGAGCAGCAGAGCCGGGGCCCCCGGGGGCCCCUUCACGAGGGGGCCCCCUCAGGGGCCCCUCCGCAGAGGGGGAUACGGGGGAGGUUGAGGAUCCUUCCUCUGGGGGGCCCCAACAGGCCGAUUAUGGGUACGGUGGGGGGCCUAGUGAAGAGGAGUACCCUUUUAGAGGUGGGGGGCCCCUGGAUGGGGGCCCCUUUGAGGGUACAGGAGAAGACGGUGGGGUUGGUGUUCUUGAGGGUUUAGGAGGGAGUAGAAGGAGACAGCGGUCUGCAUCGAAGGGUACAAAGGGGCCCCGCAGCAGCAAGAAGGGGGGGGCCCCCAGCCGAUGGGUAGCAAGGGAUAGAGACAGAGAGGUAGAGGAAGACUUCUUUAAUGAGGGGGCCCCUACAGAAGAUUUAGCGGCCUUGGGUAUCUUUGAUGACACUAUGGGGGGCCCCCAGCAACAGGGCCCCUUACCUCAUACAGGGCAAGACACCCCCUUAGCAGCAGCAACAGUAGCAGCAACAGAAGAAACAGCUGCAGCAACAGCAGCAACAGCAGAAAGGGAAACAGCAGCAGAACCUGCUAUUGCGGGUACAUCUACGGCAGCUUCCUUGGGGCCCCGAGUAGGUGUUCGUUCCUCAUCUAAAUGGGGCCCCUCUCGUCGUCAGGGUACUGCUGGGGGGGCCCCUAAGAGGGGGGCCCCUAAGGGGGGCCCCCCUCCUCCAGAGGAAGUACAGCCAAGACCUGCUGUAGUAACAGUGUUAGGUCAUGUUGAUCAUGGCAAGACAACCUUAUUAGCUGCAUUAAAACAUAUAAGCAAGAUGCAAGAAAUAAAUAGGGAGGGGGGCCCCCCUGGGGGCCCCCCUACCUCUUCUCGACGAUUGGGUACUAAUAAGGAGGCCCUCAAGGCCUCAAAGGGGGGCCCCUUUAUUAUAAAAGAGGCAGGAGGGAUUACCCAACGUAUUGGAUGUUUCCAGGUGUUGCUGCCUGCAUCGGUGUCUGCUUCUGUUCCUAGUGUUACGUUUUUAGAUACACCUGGUCAUGGGGCUUUUUCUUGCAUGCGCUUACGAGCAGCAAAAGCAUCAGAUGUUGUGCUGCUUGUUGUUGCUGCUAAUGAGGGACUGCAGCAAGAAACUAAACACUGUAUUCAGGCAUGCAAGGACCUCUCGAUGCCUGUUGUUGUAGUAAUAACAAAGACAGAUCUUAUGGGGGGCCCUGGGGGCCCCCAAAGAGGUGGUUCUACAUGGGGGGCCCCUGGUGGGGGCCCCCUCAAGGCAAACGAUUUCUUGUCGGGUCCUGCAGGGGCAAGACUAUUAUCUGAUUUAGCUGGUGAGGGUUUACUAACGGAGCCAUUAGGGGGCCCCAUCCAGGUGGUGGCGGUAAAUGCAAAAGGGUACUUGGAGUCAUGGUCGAAGGGUGGAAGGGGCCCCCAGGGGGCCCCUACCAUCCUUAAGGGGGCCCCUGAGGGGCCCCUUAAAGGACCCCUACAGGGGCCCCUGGAGGGGCCCCCAGAGGGGCCCCCAGAAGGGUAUGAAGACCCUUAUGGUAUGGAGAAACUAUUAGAGUGUAUAGCUAUACAAGGAGAAGAGAUGAGCCUGUUGUCUUCUCCUUAUAAGAGAGGAAGAGGAGUUGUAUUAGAGAGUACAUGUAGUAAGACAAAAGGAGGAAGUGCUGUUAUUCUUAUUAAGGAAGGUACUAUUAAGGUAGGAGAUUGGUUGGUGGCUGGUGAUUCAAUUUGUCGUGUAAAAAGUCUUCGUCGUCCUGAGGAUUUGCCUGAGGCGAAGGGGGCCCCUGGGGGGGCCCCCGGGGGGCCCCCCACUGACAGUACCCAAAUUACUGCUGCUGCUGUAUCCGAAGCAGCAGAAGUCUUUGGCUUUGCUAGCGACUCGCUGCCCUCCUUAGGGGAAGAAAUAAGAGUUGUUAAUUCAGAGGCAGAGGCUAAGAGAGAGAGGGAGGAGACAAUAUUACCCGUAACAGUACGUGCAGGGUCCCAAGGUCCUGCUGCUGCUGUUGCUGCUGCUCUUGAGGGCCUCGUUGCUUACCGUGUAAAUCCUGCAUGCCCAUGGGUGUUGGGUACUCCUGAGGGGCCCCCAGGAGAGGGGGCCCCUCAUGGAGGAAAGAGGGAUAGCGAAGAUGAUGAGGAAACAGUUGGUGAUGAAGGAGACAGCAGCAGCUCCAGCACCAGCAGCAGCAGCAGCAAGGAGACACGGCAAGUAAAGGUAAUAAAGGCAGCAGCAGGAGAAUGUACACCUAAGGAUGUUAUUAAUUGCAUAGAUGAAGAAAAGAGGGGAGGAAUACUUAUUGCUUUUGCUACUAAGGUAGCAAAAGAUACUAAAAGAGCAGCAGAAGCAGCAGGUGUACAGCUUAUUUGCUGCGACGUUAUCUAUGACGCGCUGCAUGCAGUGCAGCAGCGGCUGCUAUCUCCUCAGCUCUUUGGGGCCCCAGGGGCCCCCCCGGGCGCCCCUGAGGGCCCCGGGGGCCCUGGGGUACAGCAGAACCCUAAAGGGAAUCAAGCAAGAGUUAAGCAAGUGUUUCCUCUAUCGAAUGUACGACCUGCCCAUACACCCUAA